AUGAAUCGAUCUCGUAAUCAAGUUGAUGCAUAUUAUAAUCGUAAUAUAUCUUUACAUAAACCUGGUGUAAUACCAAAAUCAUCUCGUCUUAUUUCACCAAUAACAUCAAAUAAUCAUAUAUAUGAAUUAAAACAACGACUUUAUGCAAAUAAAACUGUUGAAUCUUGGUUUGCAAAUCAUUCACCACAAGAACGUCGAAUUGUCUACAGCUUUCUUGAUACACUUUAUAAAGAUAAUCGUACAAAUGAAAAUAAAGAACAAACUCAAAAACCAUCAAAUCCUCGAUUAUCUCAACGAAUAAAUACAGCUACAAGUCAUUCAUCACAACGACGAUUAUCUCAAAGUAGUCAUCGAAAUAAUCGAACAUCAAAAGAUGAUCUUGGAGAAGUUCUUCAAUCAUUAGAAAGUUAUCGUCCUUCAACAUCAGUUCAAGAAAAAAAUGAUCAAACAUCAUCAACUAUUUCAACAAUUCCAAUACCUGAUGUAAAUGAAACAAAAUCAUCAGAAAUUAAUUCCAAACGUCCAUCAACAUCAAUCGUAAAAUAUCCUGAAACAAUUCAACCUGAAAAUUCUUCUAAUAAUAAAACUUCUCAACGUUAUCUUUCACAAACAUGGCGUGUUAUUAAUCCACGUGAAGAUAUUGAACUUAAUGUUCGUCCUGAUAGUAAUACAUCAUCAUUUUUUAAGUAUACAAAAAAAACAUAUCCGGAAUAUUUUUUUAUUCAUCCUGAUUGGUAUUAA